AUGGAGAAAUUUUCUUGUGAUAAUGAUCUCAAUGAGACAUUUACUUCACAAACUUUUUCACAGGCAUCUUUGACUGAAAUUGUUGAUGAAGUUAUUCGUGCAAGCGAAGAUGACGGUGCUAAUGUUAUUUUGGGUCAGAUUUCAGGAUAG